UGUUGAGGCAGCAAAUCCAACCUCAUCAGUACUGCUGAGAUUUACAGUCAAAAAUAAAAUCUUCAUGGUUAUAGACAACUUGCACUGCCCCCAUGUGGUUAAAAGGAGAACUACUACAUGUUUACAAUAGAAUAGAAAUAUGCUUCCAAAUGCAACAGCAGAAAAAGUGACAGGCAAUCAAAGCAUGUAAAUUCAGACAAAGAUAUAUAUUAAAACAUAUAAAAACAGAAUAAAAGCAACAUACUGAACAGUAAGGGCAAAAAUUCUACAUAAAUAUUGCUUAUAAAAUAAAAUGACUCCCAAUCCAGUGGAAUGUGCAACUUAGAAUGUUAAUUUAAAAAAUGAGAAAAUGUGUAUAUUUGAGCAUUAAAAAGACAGACUAUUUACAAUAAAUGACAGUAACAACAGUGGAACAGCAGAGAUAUUCAGAAAUCAGCAUUAAUGUUAUAAUGUUAUUUAGAAUAUGUAAAAGCCAAGAUGUGUACAUAUAGUGUUUUUUUACUUAAUCAUAAACUGUUACAAAUAUACUGAAAUACCAGUAGUCAAUAAAUUACUGAAGUAUGGGUAAACAAGUAACUGGUAAAAAGGUCCCCUGAGUUCUGAGUAAAGGACCUGAUUGUGAGACUUAAUAUUUAAAAAAUAAAGUAAUCAGACAGACAUGAAUGCAAAUUGUCAUAUUAAAAAUGAAUAAAAGUAACAUAAUUACAGAUUAGUAAUUUUAAGCAGAAGAAGCACUUUUCCAAAUCAGUCCAUCCAUCUAUUCAUCCACUGAAUGUCAAGGUAAACAUUUGACAUGUUAACACCGCAACUCUUCAAAGUAAAAGCAUUUUCGGCCGUGCUUUUAUUGUGCUGGUCCCCUGAGCGGAAGUGGAGUGUAAGCGUUAGAUAAGGAGCUCAGCAUCGACUCCGCUGCUGCUGCUGCUGCGCUUCUCUUCACUGUGACUGUGCGGAGAUGUUAGACCGUUCCCGGUGAAAAAGCACCGAAGCUCUGCCCCGUGGAAAUGCCUCACCGCCGCAGGCUGUAACCGAGCGGGAUUCGCGGACAGCCGAGCGGGGCAGAGAAGGCCAGGUCUCCGGGACAGGUUGGGAGGAAAACACCGGCAGGAUGUGGCAAGUUUUAGCAUGCGGGGCUGUAGUUUUCCCCGGUCUUUUCUUCGUCUUCAGGAAGAUUCUGCCCGCUGUGUUCAAACACUGGACCGAUGCCGACGUGGUUCUGGUCAGCGAGAGGCUGGUGUCCUCCAUCCACGCUGUCAUGGCAACAACAGCGGGGAUCAUCGUCGUUUCCUCAUGCAGCAACAACAUCAUUUAUGACAGGCACUGGCUGGCCGCCUAUUUCGUCAUUUGGUACGGCGUUCCCUACAUGACGUAUGACAUCUUCGCCAUGUACCUCAGCCACUACUACCGCUACCACGUCAAGGGCCACGAGGACUACAAGCAGCACUCGCUGAGGACCGUCAACUCCUUCGUCCGGAGAGAGUUUCUGCUGGUGCUGCACCACAUCGCGCUGCUCACCAUCCUGCUGCCUAUCACACUGUUCUUCAGGAAGGACCAGGGGGAUUUCUUCAUCGGCUGCUUGUUCCUGACAGAGCUCAGCACGCCCUUCGUCUCCCUGGGGAAGAUCCUCAUCCAGCUGAGCCUCCAGGACUGCUGGCUGCAUAAGGCCAACGGCGGCAUGGUGCUGCUGACCUUCUUCAUGUGCCGCAUCGCCCUCUUCCCCUUCAUGUACUGGAUGUACGGCCGUCACUACGGCAUCCCGCUGCACGCCGUUCCCUUCCACCUGCCGCUCGCCACCAACCUGGGUAACUGCUGCAUCCUGGCGCCGCAGCUCUACUGGUUUGUGCUGCUGGUGAGGAAGGGCUACCGGCUGUAUCUGCGGAGCCGCGUGCCGCCGCCCGCAAAGGAGGAUUGAUGCUGCGGCUGCGCUAACUGGACCCGUUACGGUACUGUAGUUCACCAGGACUGCCUGCUCUCUGUCGCUCCUCCUGGGCCUCCAUACUCCAACUCCUCUGUAACAAAGCUGUUGCCUGAAGGACUUCUCACUCUGUCUGAUUUUACUGCACUCUGAAGAAAGGUCACAUUCACCUCACUGGGAGCGGGAGGCGGAGCUUCCUGGAGACUUUCUCUGAUCUUUCACUCCUGCUGUUUCUACAGCUGCUGCUGAUGGAGAGGUUCGUUACGGCGCUAACUGCUAGCAGUUAGCAGUUGGUGGUUAUGUUACAGCUCUGAUGUCACGUCUCCUGGGAGCGCCUCAUCCACAUUUAAAUCUGUUACAAGUCUGCAUUAAUAUUCCAACUACACUGUUUAUUUUUAAACUUUAAUGGGGCGAUUAAACGUUUCUGAAAUUUCA